UUGAGCCCAAGUAUAUAGAGUCCGACAGAAACAUAUGACUCAAAAAUAUGGUCCGCACUCUGAAGUUUCUAUUCAAUUCAAAAUUGAAAGUGGAAAAAGAAUACCUUGUGUGAUUGAAGUGAAGAGUGUGAAGAUGGCGAUGGAAGUGGAGAACAAUCACAAUCAACAAUUAGGGUUUCCGUUCUGGAAACCGCUCCGUCGCAAGUUCGGGCCCGACUCUCCUUUCUUCGCUCCCGGCAAUCUCGAACGAGAACUUCUUGCCAAACAGGUUGCUUUGGAAUUGACAGAAGAGAAGGAACAGCUUGAGAAAUGGAUGCAAGAGGAAGAAGGAAGGGAAAUCUUUUGUCCCAUUGUUGGCUGUGGUGCACGCUUGACUUCAAUGGAUGACUUCGAGAAUCACUAUAAUGCAAGGCAUACUGCAUCUUGUUCUGUGUGCUUUAGAGUUUACCCAACGUCUCGGUUGCUCAGCAUACAUGUAUCUGAAGUGCAUGAUUCUUUCUUUCAGGCAAAAGUUGCACGUGGUUACGAUAUGUAUGAAUGCUUGGUGGAAAAGUGUGGUUUGAAAUUCAAAAGCUACAAUCGUAGGCAUCAGCAUCUGGUUGACAAGCAUAAAUUUCCCACCUCAUUUGAGUUUUUCAAGAAGGCUAAACCUUCAAAGAAACAGAGAUUGAAGUCCCAACAAAAAAAAUCUGUUCCUAAGGAGAAGGAUGCAGGAAUGAUGGAAGUGGAAAACGCAACCGUGGAUGACCUUGUUUCAGCAGUCUCUAAACUGAGCACUUCUGACUCCACCCCUUCAAAUAUCAGCUUUGGUCGCCGCAGCAAAGGCUUGUCAUUCGUCCCUCGAACUGUUCAGCGCAGAGAUCAAUCAAACCCAGCAGCAUCUGGGACAAAGAGAUAAAGCUUGCACUCAAACCACUCUGCAUUCUUAAUUGCAAAAUGAUCAAAUAUUCAGAUACUGCUUCAUUAUAAGAUGUGUGUCUUGUGCUCAAAGUUUGAAGAAGCUGAUAAAGUUGAAGAUAGGAAAAGCAGAUCAUGCUGGAGGAUGUAAUAAGCAGCUUGCGGCAGUUUUAUAUUUUCAAUGCGCCCCGUUGUGGCUAUAACACAGGCAUUGUGGACAUGCGAAUAUCCCUUGGCUUUCUGUGGAGAUAUUAUGCUUAAUUUUGUAUGAUAUGGUCCUGUUAGUCUUAACGCAUUUACUGAAUAGCUACUUUGUGAUUAGUUUAAAGAAAACACUCUUGAAGCUUGUGAUAUGCUUAACCCAGUGACGGAAUAUCCCGCUAGUUAGUGAAUGGUUCAGGCUUCCUGUCAGCAUGAUAUGUGAUUUCUAUUUCUGUAAAAUUUGAUUUGGUAAAUUGGUUAA